GAACGACGUAGCGCUAUCAACGUAGCCGCCGAUAAACGUAAACUUUCGCCGAGCCCGCUGUAAAACUAAAAUUUUGCGUUCGGGGAAAUUUAAAAAAAAUAACAAGUGAAAGUGCGGCGAGAUGGAGGGAAAUUCGCAAAAUAGUGCCAAAAAAACGCUCACGCACAUCACUGCUAGGCCGCUGGUUAAUUUGGAAUUUCAGGAUUUAAGUUUUUCAGUUCCUCAAGGCAGAAAAGGCCCUAAAUUAAUAUUAAGAAAUGUAAAUGGACAAUUCAAAUCAAGACAACUCCACGCCAUAAUUGGACCGUCUGGUGCCGGAAAAACAACUUUAUUAAAUAUAUUAGCAGGCUACAAAUGUACAGAGGCAACAGGUUCAAUCUUAGUAAAUGGAAAGUUAAGAAAUAUAAAACAAUUUAGAAAUAUGUCUCGAUAUAUUAUGCAAGAGGAUUUAAUUCAACCAAUGCUCUCCGUUAAAGAAGCUAUGAUGGUGGCUGCGAAUCUCAAAUUAAAUAAAAACAUUACCUUCGAACAAAAAGAAAAUAGUAUAACGGAGAUAUUAGACUUACUAGGACUAAAUAAAACUGCUGAUACAUCAACCAGUAAACUAUCAGGAGGUGAAAGAAAAAGAUUGGCUAUAGCCUUGGAACUAAUAAACAAUCCUCCUUUAUUAUUUCUAGAUGAACCAACAUCUGGUUUGGAUGAUCUCUCGUGUUCGCAAUGCAUAUCACUCUUAAAAAUGUUAGCCGAAGAUGGAAGGACGGUUAUAUGUUCAAUACAUUCACCCAGUGCCAAAUUGUUUGCACUUUUUGACAACGUGUAUGUGGUUGCUUUAGGCCAAUGCGUUUACCAAGGAUACGGACCUAAUGUGGUGCCAUUUUUGUCCAGAAUUGGACUGGACUGUCCCAAACAUUACAAUCCAGCUGAUUUUAUAAUGGAAGUUUGUUGUCAAGAAUAUGGAGAUUUUCAAGAUAAAAUGGUGUCCGCUAUAGACAAUGGCAGAUGCAUAAAUAGAGAAUCACACCCCUCCAUUGCCGCAAUACACAACACUGAAGUUGAAAAUAUUCAGGAGGUCGAAACGACUGAAUUUUUAGACACGAUUUAUCAACAAGAUGACAAUGUUCGAUGGUUAGAUCAAUUUAAAAUUCUGUUACUUAGGAUGUGGCUGCAAAUGUGGAGGGACAAAAAUUUUAUAAUGAUGAAAUGUGCUCUACAUGUUGUCCUAGGAUUAUUAGUUGGAACUAUGUAUAUUGGAAUGGGAAACGAUGGGUCAAAAACGAUAUUUAAUUUUGGAUUUUAUUUUUGCUGUCUCAUCUUCUUUAUGUAUAUCCCAAUGAUGCCUGUACUUUCAAAUUUUCCCACAGAAGUGAUGUAUUUAAAGAGAGAGCAUUUUAACAAGUGGUACAGAUUGAGUGCAUAUUUUAGUGCCUUAACAGUAUCAACAUUGCCAUUGCAAUUGCUACUGGGAACUGUGUACCUGGCGAUAGUAUAUUUUUUGUCCGACCAACCCUUAGAGUAUACUAGAAUGAUACGAUUUUUCUCUGUUUGUUUACUGACUGGUAUUAUAUCAGAGAGUUUUGGACUUCUUAUUUCUUCAACGUUAAAUAUAGUGAAUAGUAUGUUUGUUGGACCUGUAGCGGUUGUGCCAUUGAUGUUGCUGGCAGUAUAUGGUUUUGGAUCGGGUUAUAAUAGCAUACCAAGCCUGAUAAGAGUGGCAAUGUACUUCAGUUACCUCAGAUACUCAUUAGAAGCCCUUAUAGAUUCCAUGCUUAAAGACAGACCCAAGUUGGAGUGCCCGGAAACAGAAGAUCACUGCAUAUUCAAUGAUUUAAAUUACUUUAUUAGAGAAAUGGGCAUGGAAAAUACAAUAUUUUGGGUGGAUAUUGCCACUUUAGUAUUUACCCUUUUAUUAUUUAGAGGAGUAGGAUUUUAUUUGUUAAGGCAAAGAUUAACACCAAACAAAACUUUUGUUUCUUUACAACAUAUUGGACGUUUCGUAAAAUCACAACUGGAAGGUUCAAGAUAAAAAUAUAAAUUAUUAUAAAUCUUGCCAAUAACAAUAAAUUGUGAUUUUUAUUUAGCUUGUAUCAAAAAGUGAUAUUUUCAUAAUACAAAAUAAAAAUAACUUAAUUAACUUCAAUUUAAGGUCCAAAGACUUAAACACAUGUUUUAUAAGAAAAAGAGUAUUUAUAUAGUAUACAACCAAAUGCCCUAAUUUUGUUACCACACAAAACUUUACUUAAACCGAAUUUUGUGAUAUAACAUUUAUAAUAUUUAGUACUAACUAUAGUCCAGUCAGGUGUAAAUUUUAAUAAAGUAUAUAAGAAAAAUAGUUAUAAGCAAAAUUCUUAUUUUC